GGGAAUGCCAAAGAGGAAGUGAGGCGUCCGUCCCGCGCAGACCACAUGAAGGAAGAGACAGCGUCAGCGAAUUAAGACACCUUCUCCACACGCGGACGAAACAAACCGAGAAGUUCUGGGAGAUAGUCAAGUCCCUCCUUCGCCUGAAAUCGUUGGAUAAUUGGCUCCACAAAAGUCGUCAAAAUGUUAUUUCAUGGGUUGAGUCAGGUGGGAACGAAGUAGCCGCACCUGAGCAACUGCUCACUGCAGGACAUCAGAGAUUUUCGAGUGACACCAGCUUUUCCUCGCUUUUGACGUUCUUGUUCCUAAAUUGGCCGAUGCACUUGGAAAACCAAGCAGCGUGUAUAAUCCGAGGCCUGCCAAUGUGUUCUUCACUGAAUGACAAGAUGACUGUUGUCCAAAAGAAAGGAUUAUGAAAAUAAUACCCUCCAGUAUAUUUAUGGCUGGGGUUGUUAUUUUGGAUGAGAGGAGGACCCUGCUUUUAUCUGGUCGACAUCGUCUGGCAUGAUGCUGACUUAAAGCCAGGCUCAGAAGUGCAACGAGAAGCCGUGAAGAAACGCAAUGAGUCUGUCAUGGCUUGUGGCUGAGGCGGGACACUCUCAGAGAUUGCCUAUCACCUGUUUGAUGAAGCAAAGUUGAUGGGAAGAGAUUUUCUCCACUUUUUGGAUCGACGUUCAUGCCUGACUGCAACAAAUCGAGUGGGAAGCGGACUGAAAUACUUUGAGUGGGUAUUUCACUUCAAUCCCUGUCGUAGACUGCCAGGUGUGCCGCUGUGAACCAGCGUGAAUAUUCGCCCACUUAUGGGAAGAUGGAGGCUGGAACAGAUGUUUCUUCAAAACAGCACCCUAGGAGGAGACCUGUCCAGCAUGGCUUGGAGGACCAGAAAAGGUCUGUUUGGUGUCAAUGAGUGGAAAGGAACAUCCUAUUUGAAGCCCUUCAAGAUGUAGAGGAUUCCACCCAACACCAGUGAUAUAUCAUUUCAACUCGCAUGCCAUACAUCAAGAGUGAAAAGAUCUACACAGACUGGGCCAACCACUACCUUGCCAAGUCAGGACACAAGCGUCUGAUCAAGGACCUUCAGACGGAUGUUGCAGAUGGAGUGCUCCUCGCUGAGAUUAUACAGGUCGUAGCCAAUGAGAAGAUUGAUGACAUCAACGGCUGCCCCAAGAGCCGCUCUCAGAUGGUUGAGAACAUUGAUGUUUGCCUCAAUUUCCUUGCAGCCAAAGGUGUCAACACUCAGGGAUUGUCUGCAGAAGAGAUUCGUAAUGGCAAUCUAAAGGCCAUCCUCGGCCUCUUCUUCAGCCUGUCUCGGUUUAAGCAGCAGCAACAGCAGUCGUCCCAGAGGCACCACACCCAGCCUCGGGGGUCACACCCACCCUUGAGCCAGCAGAGCGGUGCCCCAGUUCAGUCUACGCAUGGGACUCCUGCCCCCACAGCCCAGAAAGCAGCACAGGCCGAGAUGCAGUCCAGACUUCCGGGUCCCUCGGCAAGGGUGUCCACUGCAGGCGGGGAUAUCAAUCCACGAGGCUCGGUCAGUGGGCUUGGGAAUAGACGCAGCCAGGCCUUCAGUGACCCUAAGACCAAAGCCAGCUCACAGCUGAACAAAGAUUCCUCAGAGGGCAUGGCCUCACAGCCUUUGCUGAUAACAAAUGAAAAUGUGGUCCCGUCAUCAGUGAACGUCAGCUCCGCCACCUCCGCCUUGAUUCUGCCCACUUCUUCAUCCUCAUUCUCACCGUCCACCGCCAUUCCCCACCCCAACAGCAACAGCAAGGCUUGGAGGAACAAGUCCAUGAGCUCCAAGCAGGCCUCUCAAGCUCCCUCUGCCACUAGCAGCACCCCAUUAGCCAUGCAAUCAACAAAACAGGAGAAUGAGGCCUCAUUUAAGGCUACUUUGGCAUCUGAAGCACCUCCUAAAGUUGUCACGCAAAAGUCAAUGCUCGAGAAGCUUAAGCUCUUUAACAGUAAAGGAGGCUCUAAAUCCUCCUCCUCCUCGUCCAAUGGAGUAAGUGCCCAGAGUGACAAUGCUGCACCCAGCAUGCAGCUUGUAGCUGGGCAGGUGGAGAGAGCUGAGACUGGCUCAAACACUGAACCGCUUGAGGAAGAUGACGGCAACCUCCGCCCGGGAAUGAUUGGAGCCACUAAUGGAGCUGCUCCGUCAACAGGCAAUAACGUUGCCAAUACUGCCAGCAGCCCCAAACUUGCCCUGCGAGGCAUCGCCCAGCGCACUUUCAGCAGAGCUCUCACUGCCAAAAAGAGCUCCGCCAAAGGCCCUGAGAAAGACAAGGAACGGGGGAAGGAAAAGGACAAAGGGAAGGAAGUGGGGAAAUAUCUCCCCAUGCAGGACAGGACAGAACUCAGGGGAGAGGACUCGAAGGAGGAAGUAGCAUCUUUUGUUGGAGAUAUGGACAGCUCAAACAAAAAGACCUCAAAAAUUGCCAGCUUCAUUCCCAAAGGGGGUAAAGUUGCCAAAAAGGAGAGCUCCACCCAUGUACACAGCGGAAUACCAAAGCCAGGCGGCAAAAUCCCUGGAAUUGGGGGCAAAGCCUCUUCAGUGGGGACGAAAGAGGCCGGGGAGAGACCACGGAGCAUGAGACUAGGCGGUGGUCUGGUCAUGCACCGUGGUCAUUCGGACAAGGACGGAAAAAGCGCUACCUCUAGCCUGCACACUUCAGAGGGGAAGACUGGCCCUAUGGGCAGCACAGGCAACACACAAAGCACAGCCAGCAACACUGUCAGCGUGCAGCUACCUCAGACCCAGCAGCACCACAGCCACCCCAACAUGGCCACCGUGGCGCCAUUCAUGUACAGAUCCCAAACUGAUGGCGAGGGAGUUCUGGGGAGUGACUCUAGUUCAGUAGGAAGUGGCGGGGAUGUUACCUUCAGCAAGAACAACCAGCCCUCCAUCGAGGACCUUUCAGGUGAAGACCCAGAGACAAGGCGCUUGCGGACUGUGAAAAACAUAGCAGACCUGCGGCAGAACCUGGAAGAGACCAUGUCCAGCCUGCGAGGAACUCAGGUCACACACAGCACCUUAGAAACCACUUUUGAUGGCAGCAUCACGACAGACAUCAGCGGUGGCAGCAACAGUAGUGGAGGUGGGAGAAGCAUCUUGAGUCUCACCUCGACCAGGCCCACCUUGACAUCAUGGCGAUUGGGUCAGUCCAGCCCCCGUCUUCAAGCGGGCGACGCGCCUUCUACGGGGAACGGAUACGCCGGCCGCGUGUCAGGUGGCCAAGGAGGACGCUACUUAUACCCGGGGCACCUCAGACGGCAGCUGGCCGGCAGGAGUGGGGGCCCCUGCGGCGGGGACCUUGGAGACAGAACUGGUGAGGACGUAGACCUCGAUGGGCUCGCCAUCGAAGUCACUGGAUACAUGAGCGAUGGAGAUGUUCUGAGCAAGAAUGCAUCACGUACUGAUGAUGUCACCAGUGGCUACAUGACUGAUGGAGGUUUGGGUCUGUAUACACGACGCUUGAACCGGCUGCCUGACAGCAUGUCCGCCGUUCGAGAGACGUUGCAUCGAAAGGCAUCGUCUGGGCAGGGAGAUGCUGACAGUUGGGAUGACAGCAGCUCGGUGAGCAGUGGCAUCAGCGACAACAUCGACACAGAUGACAUCAACACCAGCUCCUGCGUCUCUUCCUACGCCAACACACCUGCGGCACAGCGCAAGGGCCUCACCGCACAGCCUGUGACAGAUGCCGAGAAGCACUCGGUGUCCACAGCCGUGCAGCAGGCCUGGUCAGGAGACGAGGUGAAGAAGCCAGACGGAGGUCUGGACAGCGGGGUCAAAAUGGAGCCGGGCUCCAAGUGGAGCCGUCGAAAUCCCUCUGACAUCUCUGAUGAAUCAGACAAGGGCGGAUCAGGGAGAAAGACCCCCUCUGUGUCCCACACUGGGUCCUGGAGGAGAGGCGUGAAUACUCAGGUGGGGGUGACACCCCCUCGGACUAAAAGCACCAGCAGCACAGGCCCCACGAGCUCUGUCACCAUCAAAACCCACUCUUCAGGUAAAACAGAUGAUGUCAAGGUUUCAGAAAAGGGUCGUCUCUCUCCGCAUUCUAACGGCCUUAACUGCGUGGCGUCUGAUGGAGCAAAUGAAGCAAAGAAACAAUCCCUCUCCACCAGCCACACAGCAACACCCAGCGCCCUCACACACACCCUUUCAGAGACCCAGACACAUGCUUCCCGCACACCAACAAACACAUUUGGCUUCAAGAAACCGGCCCAUGGCAUAGUAACCAUGGUAACAGCCAGCGGGGCCACCAUUACCAGUGGCUCAGCCACGCUGGGGAAAGUUCCAAAAUCUGGGAUACGCUCGCUGGUGGGAUUGAAGACAGGUGGGCAAGAUGGAGGGGUGGUGUUAGGCCACCAGGAUGAUGGCUUCCUCCCUGCAAGUGCUCGCUCCACCCUUCAGUACCGGAGCCUCCCGAGGCCCGGUCGCUCAGGAUCGGCUGCCCGCAACGGAAACCGCUCGUCCACCAGCAGCAUUGAAGCCGCUGUGCUUUCUGUCACAUCGUAUGGAAAAAAUGCAAUCACCAUCGCCAAGGCCAAUGGUUCUGGAGGUCUUCUGGCCAAUCAGACGGAUCGGGAGAAGGGUGUCUUGGAUAUUGACAAUUUCAGAAGCGGAGGAUCGGCAACAGUUCCUCUCACAGGAAGACAGCAGGUUUCAUCACCAACACUACGCAGGUUGUUUGGUGGGAAGACCAACAAACCGGCUCCAGUCACCACAGCAGACAACAUGAAGAACUCCACUGUUAUCUCUAACCCCCAUGCCACCAUGAAUCAUGUGACCUCGAUGGUCGAGUCCUCUGAUGGAGGGCUGGGAGGUGUGGAAAGUGAGACCAUCAGCCCUAUGUUUGGGGGCAAAGUCCCUGGGUCUGGCACGGGGACUCUGGGCAGCGAACAGGCAUCCAGUCCAGGCUCAGUCUACUCCUCCACUGGCCCCUCCAACAGUUUAACAUGGGGCACAACAUUCAGCAGCUCCUCUGCCCAGAGCCGAGAGAGCACACUGGGUGGGCAUGGCGGAACAGGCAGCGUGGGGUACCCCUCUGUCAGCAGCAUGCACACUAGCAGCGAGUCCAUUGACAUGAGCCUGGGCAGUGCCGGGGGAGGAGGAGGCCAUGGGAACCACAGGGAGGACACCCUGUCCGCCUUGGGGCGCACCGGCAGCGUCAAGACGGGCGUGUCGGAAAGGUAUGGCCCGGCCCCUCAGCUGAGAGGCCUUGAGGAGGGCCGUGAUUGGCUGCGUUCCUACUCCACCAGUGGGCUGCAGGAAUCAGCCAGUAACUCCCCCUUUUCCCCCGGCUCCAGCCUUACCUCCCCCUCUGGCACUCGCUUCAAUUUUGGACAGCUUGCGUCAAGCCCGACUUCAGCGGCUCCGAUCAACCUGACCGGCCUGCGUAACAACAGCCUGACCAACCAGGAUGUCACCUUUGACCCUUGCAGCGACAACCGCCUGAGAAACUCUUGCAUGUCCCUCGACGAGAAGACUCGCACAAUGAGCCGAUCGGGCUCUUUCCGAGAUGGCUUCGAGGAAGGUGCUGUCUUUCCAAGUGUUCAUGGCUCAUCCCUCUCUCUGGUCUCCAGCACCUCCUCCAUGUACUCCACAAAUGAGGAGAAGUCGCAGUCAGAGAUUCGCAAGUUACGCCGGGAGCUGGAUGCCUCCCAGGAGAAAGUUUCCGCCCUAACAACACAGUUGAGUGCCAACGCUCACCUGGUGGCGGCGUUUGAGCAGAGUUUGGGCAACAUGACCAUUAGGUUGAAGAGUCUCACCUUGACUGCUGAGCAAAAGGAUUCUGAGUUGAAUGAGCUGAGGAAGACGAUCGAGCUCCUGAAAAAGCAGAACGCUGUCGCUCAGGCAGCCAUCAAUGGCGUCAUAAACACCCCCGAGCUCACGCCUAAAAUGGACAGGACAGCUGGCAGUAAUGGCAGCCUUCACCACCAGCCCCAGCACCAGCAGCAGCAGCAACCAGACCUGCGAAUCAGGAGACAACACUCUUCAGACAGUGUCAGCAGUGUGGCGAGCGCUACCAGCCACUCCAGCGUAGGUUCCAACAUGGACGCAGAUGCUAAAAAUAAGAAGAAAAACAAGAAGAAUUGGUUGCGAAGCUCCUUCAAGCAGGCGUUCAGCAAGAAGAAAUCUCCCAAAUCAGCUUCGUCCCACUCUGACAUUGAAGAGAUGACCGAUUCUUCGCUGCCCUCCUCCCCUAAACUGCUUCACAACAGCACCACCGUGACCAACCACAUGCUCAGGAACACACACUCCAACUCGCUAUUAUCGGAGUGUUUGGACAGUGAAGCGGAGACGGUGAUGCAGUUACGGAGCGAGCUCAGGGAGAAGGAGAUGAAACUGACAGAUAUUCGCUUGGAAGCGCUCAGCUCCGCCCAUCAGCUCGACCAACUACGGGAGGCCAUGAACCGUAUGCAGCUGGAGAUUGAGAAACUGAAAGCGGAGAAUGACCGCUUGAAGCUGGAGAAUCAAGGAAGCAGGGCGGGCCCCCAUGCCUCCAUUUCCUCCUCGCCUCCCCACCACACACACAGCCAGACCCCGGGGCACCAUGUGGGAGUCCCACAGCACAGCCUGAACCUUGCCACCAGCGAGUCCACCAGUCUAGACAUGCUGUUGGAUGACACAGGUGGUGAGGGCAGUAUGAGGAAGGAGGGUCGUCACGUAAAGAUCGUUGUGAGCCUUGAUGAGGAUGGUUUGUGGGGGCAGGAGGCUCGGCCUACGAGCUUUCUGAUUGGGUGCAUCGGUGUCAGCGGUAAGACCAAAUGGGAUGUGUUGGAUGGAGUCGUCCGGCGUCUAUUCAAGGAAUAUAUAACCCAUGUGGACCCGGGAAGCCAGCUGGGCCUAAGCUCGGACAGCGUGGAGGGAUACAACAUUGGUGAAAUCCACCGGCCCCGGAGCCCCAGCGCCGCCCACACCCCCGAGCUGCUACCUUGUGGCUACCUGGUGGGAGACAGCAACACCAUUAACAUCCAACUCAAAGGGGUGAGCAGUGACAGUGUGGACUCGCUGGUCUUUAACACCCUCAUCCCAAAACCGAUGCUACAGCGCUACGUCUCCCUUUUGAGAGAGCACCGGCGGGUCAUCCUGUCAGGGCCCAGCGGGACCGGAAAGACAUAUCUGGCCAAUCAGCUGUCUCGACACUUGCUGCUUCUUGAGGGCCGACCUCUAACCCCUCACACCGUCGUCACAUUCAACGUGGACCACAAAUCCAGCAAGGAGCUUCGGCAGUAUCUGUCAGGAUUAGUUGAGCAGUGCAGUGGGGCGGUGGGCGCUGAGAGCCCUCUAGUGGUCAUCCUGGACAACUUGCACCACGUCAGCUCUUUGGGCGAGAUCUUCAAUGGAGUCUUCAACAGCAGCCACAAGCACAGCCCAUACAUCAUCGGCACCAUGAGUCAAGCUACGUCAUCAGCGCCCAACUUGCAGCUUCACCACAACUUCAAGUGGGUGCUGUGCACCAACCACACAGAGCCAGUCAAAGGCUUCCUGGGUCGCUUCCUCCGGAGGAAGCUGAUUGAGAUGGAAAUCGGCAGUCGAACGCGGAACAUGGAGCUGGUGAAGAUUAUCGACUGGAUCCCGAGGGUGUGGCACCACCUCAACCGUUUCUUGGAGACACACAGCUCCUCAGACGUCACCAUAGGUCCUCGUCUCUUCCUGUCUUGUCCUAUUGAUGUGGAGGGAUCAAGAGUUUGGUUCACUGAUCUCUGGAAUUACUCCAUCAUUCCCUACAUGCUGGAGGCUGUUCGAGAGGGAUUACAGUUGUAUGGGCGGCGGGCUGCGUGGGAGGACCCCGCCACCUGGGUGAUUGACACCUACCCGUGGUCGGCUACGCCCACUGCAGCUGAUUGGCCCCCGCUGCUGCAGCUGCGCCCAGAGGACGUGGGAUUUGAUGGCUACUCUGUCCCAAGAGAAGGUGUCCGGAAAGAGCCGCUUCAGAGCGACAGUGACCCAGACCCACUGAUGAACAUGCUGAUGCGCCUGAAGGAGGCCGCGACGUCGUCGAGCCCUCAAAGCUACGACAGCGACUCCAACAGCAACAGCCACCAGGACGACAUCCUGGACUCGUCACUGGAGUCCACCCUGUGACGCCUUCCAGACGCGACGCUCGCCAUCCGCCGUCGGGACCAUCUACGCUCAUGGACUGCUCUCACUGUGGGAACUUGAGUCUAGCAUGAUGCCACAAAAUCCAGCCACCUUAAUUUGGGUGCAGGCAACCCAAAUAUUUAUUAACGAAACAGAUGUGUUUCAGAGGACACGUUUUUCCUGCACUGUUGCUUUGUUUUUGUCUUGGUUUGUUUUUCACCACAGUGGCCCAGGGCUCCUCUGUGAAGGAGCUUAACAUCAGCGUCAGACAGAAGAAAAGCACACAGCCUGACAAUGUUGAAGGCAUCAUUACGAUCAACACCAGCCAUCGGUCAAUUUACCCUUUCCCUCGCCCCUCAAUUGAGUUGCAUCAUCAGGCGGCAGUGCGCCUCGCAGGCCGGCAGGUGGCGACACCUCGUCUGCAUCUGCUCCCACACUGAAAUGUUUACUGGCCAGUGUGCAACUGCAUUUCACACUUGACACUCUUACACUAAUUUAAAUGCGUUCAGUUUUUCAUUCAGAUCGAUUUAUGAUGAUGAUGAAGUAGCAAAGAAGCCAGCAAACACUGUAGCAAAAAAAAAAAAAAAAAAGUGCAUCUAGUGAAAAACAUAAGUGAGGAAAAAAAGGCCGAAUAUCUCAAGUCAUCGAAUAGUACAUAGAUUGAUUCCAUGUUUACUGUCAUGUCCUUCUGCAUGUUCUGUUUAAUAAUUACGUUUUUACCUCCACACCCGUUCUUGCUCUGACUCCAUAAUACCUUCAUGGUCAUUCAUAGCACACAAACAAAUCUUAUCGGUGCUGUACUGAGUUCAAACAAAAAAAAUGCCUUACUUUUUUUUUUUUUUUUGACAAAUGUUCUUUAGUUCUUUGUCUCAAAAGCUGCAAACACCGAGGGCUCCGAGUCGAAUUUCUUGACAGAGUGUUUGAGUGGAAUCGUCGACAGUUCAUCGAUACCAAUACUGUGUGAAUGAAGAGAAUGAGUGAAUCAGUUGGGUUUGCUUACGUGGCCCGUACACAAGAAGUUGGUGAAAAAUAAGAAAAGACCACUAUAGUAUAUAUAGAAUAUGCUUGCUGUUCCACAUCUAAUGUGCAGUGGUUGAGAGAAAGAAGUUAGAGUUUUGUCCCUCUAAUACCUCAUCCCAUAACAGUAACAGUCUUUGAUCACACACUGUUUUGUUUUUUCAUUAUUUUAAGUUUUAGAGGGGACUUUGGAAACAAGUGUAUAUGCUGCUUUGUUUAUAUGUAUUAUUGUAACGGAUUGGAGUUUAAAGAUAAUGUAAGAAGACUAUUGUAUAUCCUUUUGAAACCUCACAGCUGCCUUCGAUAGGUUGGGCGGACAAGCAGUCGAGUCGUGCAGCCCAGCACAGCUUCAAUCCAAUGUCAGUGUUUUGUUUUUUUUUUUUUUUGUCAUGGAUUCUAUGCAACAUUCAUCGGGAUCGUCAGUGGAAGCCAAAAGCUGAAUGCGGCAUCGUGCGUGUUUGGCUGAGCCCUCGUAAGCACAAAAAGACACUUGAGAGGUGGUGAUGAUCUCUAAGCAUUUAAGUAGUUGGUCACUUGUUUUUUUUUUUUUUUUUUUUUUUU